AUGACAAAGGCUCCUACCAAGCACGGCCUGGAACGUAAAUUCAAGUCGUGGCGAAAAGGAAAGUCCAAGUUCUCCAGCAAGAAAGGCUCCCUGAAGAAGCAGCUUCGGGGACAUGAGCGACUAUUGUCAAAGCUUCCUGAAGAUGAAGACGACCGUCGUAAAGAGCUGCAGAAAAAGAUCCACGACUUGAAGUUGGAAAUUGGUGAAAAGGAGCAGCAUCUACAGGAAAAGAAACAUGCCGAAAGAUCGCAUGGACAAAAGUUCUUGGAUCGCCAACGACUGGUGCGAAAAGAAAAGCAAGAAAGAAAUGGAAAAAGUAGAAAGGACGAGCUAUACAAACUAGCCUUGGAUCAAGUUUACGUUGCACAUCAUCCAAAUGAUGUAAAAUAUAUGCCCCUUUAUCAGAAAGGAAGCCGAGUAGUUGAUCAAAGCCGUCAACUCUACCGGAGAGCUGUCACACGAAAGCGUAUACUUAAGCUGUUAUCAUCCUCUUCAGCCCCUGGUCGAUGCAACUGGAUUCCAAAAGAUCAAUAUGCUCGAUUACCCAAAGAUUGGACGAUUCAAGAUGAAGAGAAGAUAUUUGGGGGCUCUAUUUCACGGAAGGACAUCAAACAGAAGAAGGAGCAGGGAACCGACGAUUCUAGGUUUGUGGUGGCCUCAAAUCAUGACGCAUUGUUACAGGCAGCAGAACAAGCUGAGACAGAGCUGAAUAAAGAGGAAGAAGCCGAUGACAACAAAAGCGUUGAAGUGAAGUCUUCUGUUAAAUCAGUUGGUGACUCGUCUUCAAGUAGUGAUUCUUCCAGUGAUGAUGAAGAAGAUGCUGAAGCGAAACAAACCGAGACAGCACAUCCCGUUCAGAGUGAUACAUCCAGUGACGAUAGCGAUAGCGAUUCAAGUAGCAGUGAUGAUGACAGUGACGAUGAAAAUAUUCAGAAGAAACCUGACUUGAGCUUGCAACGUUUGAUACCCAAUAAAGAAGUGGAUGACGAGGAGGAAGAUGACUUUCUUCUAGACGACAACGCCGAUGAGAAAAAAGAUGGUGGCAAUGUCUUUCAAAAUACGGCUGCUCAAUUACCAGCCUUGGGCCAGAGAGGAGACAAAAGUAAAGGAUGGGAGACUCAACGACAACGACCAGGUCAAUACAAGAAGCAACGCGUGCGUAGAUGA